GGAAACAUUGGCAGGAGAGCGAAUGAAGAAUGCAGCGGUAAGCCAGUAAGAGCCAACAUGCCGUUCCCGCCGCAAGCAAUUGUCGUCGUUAUUUUCGCCUAUCCAAUACCGGUUUAAAGAAGUAAUCGGUUGCCUGUCUCGCCUUCUCGCACACGUUUGUUCGUGAAAGGAACAUAAAUUAUCGUACAAAUCUUGUGUUUACGUUAAAAUAAUCGUGCCACACAAAAUUGUUUUUGAUUAGGGUAGGUUUCAUAUUUAAGUCUCACAUUUGUGAAAAUCGUGGUGGAUUUUUAUCUAAGACGAACCAUAAGCUGUAUUGUCAAUUGUAACUUCUCGAACAUUUAAAUAUUUUUCUUUCCUUAGCGCCGUUCGCCGUUUUAUUUAUCGCUAUCUUUGUCUAUCAUUUUUCCUUUCAUCUCUGUCAUUUUCCAUAUCCCCUCUUUUUGUUCAUCCCUUCGUCAUCGUUGGUCGCGAAAGGCAGACAUACGAAGCGCACGGAUUUAUAUUCGUGUAGCGCAAGAGAAUUUAGCUGCUUCGUAAAUAUGGCGUGUGAACCGUGGUGCUUUAACCGUGGCUGUGACGAAGCUCCUCAACGAUGGCUGUACAUCCUGUUGCUGACUUUCUACGUACUCGGGCAUCUUGGUUCAAGUUUUGCAGACAACUUAAAACAAUAUCAUUAUGAAUUGGAACAUAUCGGACAAUCAUCGCACGAAGAUGGGCCUGUUGAAUUCUCAUUUGUAUUCAAUAAUGAUAUGAUCGAUCAUGAAGAAGCAUUAGAAAGAUAUCGUCGAGCAGCGAUUAAUGAGAAUGAGAAAGUUCCUUCCGAGUCAACUCCACAUGAACAACAACGGCAGCAACAAGCUGCAUUGCAGCAGCCAUCUUCACAGUCUCAAUUGCAGCAACAACAAUCGCAAACAGUUGUGAAUGCUUCAAAUACACCAAUCAAUGUUUCCUAUUUGACGGAUUAUACGACAGAAUCAUCAAUUGCAACACCAUCUUCAUCUUUGACUACAGUUUCGACCGGCGAAAAGGAGAUUGUAAUGACUUCUGCAGUUCCAAUGAGCAAUCAAGAGACUUCGACAUCGAUAUACUUUCGAAAGAAUUCUUCGACCAAAGAAUCGGUUCCAUUUGUAGAUUUUCAAGGUAAGUCUAAUUCCACGAAUGACACAAUCGAAAGUAAAAAACAGACUAAAGGUACAGAAACUGUGGUAGAAACUACGAACAAUAAAGAUGAUUCUGAUGGUAAUAUUGGAGAAGUAUCCAUCGACAAGUUUUCAGACUUAACCAACAAGACUUUAUCCCAACACAAUAUCACAAAAACUGAGUAUGACACGCAUCAAUAUUACAAUAGCACAUUUAUCGUCGAUGAAGCUGUGGGGAAAAAAUAUUGGGUGGAUAUAAACAAUCAUCCAGAUUUGAAAGUCAAUUAUUUGCUCAGUCAGAGUCAUCGUCGAGCUGCGACAGUUAAAUUGAAAUUCGAUUUUCCUUUCUACGGUCACAAAGUUCGUAACAUCACCAUUGCCACUGGAGGAUUUUUAUAUACUGGUGAAUAUGUUCAUAGUUGGUUAGCUGCCACGCAAUAUAUUGCACCGUUGAUGGCGAAUUUUGAUACUCGAUUAUCGAAUGAUAGUUUCGUGAAAUAUGUUGACAAUGGAACAGCAUUUACAGUCGUAUGGGAAAAAGUUGUAUUGCAAGAUAAACCUGAUGCAGGAGCAUUCACCUUUCAAGUGACCUUACAUCAAAAUGGUGACAUCGUGUUCGUAUAUUCUGUGAUACCAUUGAUGGUUGAACAUAUUGAAGAUACGGCCCAUCCUGUUAAAGUCGGUCUUAGCGAUGCUUAUAUCAUGGACAGAAUAGUGUUUUUUGUGCGCAGGAAAACAAUUUAUGAAUAUCAUCGCGUAAACUUUAAUCGGCAAGAUAUUAAGAAUUGGACAGUAAUUUAUCUAAAUGCAUUACCUACCUGUUUAGAAAUGGAUAAUUGUAGAGAUUGUUUGACAAAGUUGAAAGGUUUCGAAUGUAAAUGGUGUUCAGAACUGAAUCAGUGUAGUACCGGAACUUUCAGAUCGCGACAAGAUUGGCUUUUAAAUGGGUGCGAUGUUCGUAUGAUAAAAGAAGUUGACAAUUGUCCAUUGCCAACUACAACGUGCAAGGAACACAUCGAAGAAUAUAAUCAUGCUUUACGCAUGCAUUCAGAAGAAACUGUUACUGUUAGUGAAAUGAAUGUGAAACAGGAAAAACCUGGAACGAGUCCCCUAGAGCGUUCUCAAGACAAUAUGAAUAUGGGAGUAUCGGGAAUUAUUGGAAUUCUUCUUGUAAUUAGUUUAAUUGUAGGUUUAGCUGCGUGGGCCGCAUAUGCUUAUCGUAAUCCUCAUAGUACAUCUGGACAAAUGUUAAUUAGGUAUCGACCAAGUCAAUGGAGCUGGCGGAGAGGAGAAGCUCGUUAUACGGCAGCAACGAUUCACAUGUAAAAACCAUGUAAUCGAAAUGCAGUCAACAAUUAGUAUAGCACUGUCGGACCAAACUUCCUAUUAAAUAUACUCUAUAUCAAGUCUGCAAGUUCAUCUAUGGAAUCGUUUUUCUGUAACGAUGCAUGUAUCGCUUUAUUAAUUGCCAUAUAUUGAUACAUAAGAUCUAUUUGUUGAUAUUAAUCUAAAAUAACAUUUUUAAUUAUUAUUAAUAUAUUUAUACUGAACAAAAUAUAAUUAUGUUGGAAAAAUUAAUAAGUAUUUCAAAUUGUAAAUUAUCUUAAACUUAUAACAUUAGUUUUUGAAAAAUGGCAAUUAAACCAUUAAUGACAAAAAUAUAGAGGAAACUUUUAAAGUGACCUUCACUCGGCGGGCGUAAUAAUAAUGAAAGUUUAUUGAAGUUUUAAAUUUUGUACAGUAAUAUUAAUGUUAUAAAAAUACGUAAAAAUGAGUUUAUUAUUGUUUGUGAAAAUACUGAACUGAUCUUUUACAGCGCAUAAUUUCUCUAAAGUUUUCUUUCGAAGUAAGUCACUACAACGCAAUAUUCGAAAGUUAAAACAUUUCUAGAGCAUAAUGAACAGUGAGAGACGAACGGAGACUGGUAUUACUUUACUGGCUGUAUGAAAAUAUUUGUCACGUUUUCUAAGUCGAAAUAAUUGUAUUGUCGAAAGACGGGCAAGAAAUCCUUUUCCUGGAUGUAAAGCGUUUAUGUGAUUUUAGUAUCAUGUGGUAUACUUUGUUAUUGUUUAAGAAUUCGUUUUUUAUCGUUAUAUAAAGUCCAGUAAUUGUUUAUACAUAUAAAUAUAUAUUUAUAUGUUUAUAUGUUUAUAAAUAUAUAUUUAUACAUAUGUAUAAUUUUUGCGUCGUAAAGAAAAAUAUUUUAAUAAAAAUCUAUUGAUCUGACCUAGCCUGUAGAAACUACAGUUCAAAUACAUAAGAAUGAAAUUUUUAAUCAAAUUUUCAAAUUUAUUUAGAUAAUUUAAUCAUAAAACAAACAUAUGAUUUUUUGUUAAACUCAUUUUCUUCUUUUAUUAGUGGUACAUUCCAAAAUAUACAAUCCCUUCCCAUAAUAUAUAAUAAAAUAAUAUAUCUAUGAACUGUAGUUUCAUUUUUAAAAUUUUAAAUACAUGUAUAUAUAUGUACGUAUUGAUACAUACAUGUAUAUACAUAUAUAUAUAUAUAUAUAUAAAAUAUAUAAAUAAUUAUAUAAAUAUAUUUUAUGAAAAGAUUUUUAAAUAUAUGAGCACCUAACUUAGAUACAUAAGAAGGCAAUGUGAAAAAUUCAUUUGUAACAUUAGAUCACCAGUGUAUAUAGUAGUAUAUUAAAACGAUAUAAUUUUUAUA